UUUAUAAAGAAUUGAAAGUAAAAUUAAAAAAAGGCGGGCUAAAACUAAAAUCAAUUCCCUUUUUCAUUCAAAUCAAAGCGCUGUCUCUUUUCUCUCUCUCGCAAAUGGAGAGCGAAACAGAGCAAUCUCCAAAGACGAAAAUGGAGUCCCUGAGAACGAUCUGCGAUAGGGAGGUUCUGAUCCAACAACAGAAGAUAGAUUCUUUUACUGCGUCGUUUCCUACUUCUCUUCAUUCCAUCAAGGCUCUGGCGCUGGAUACUGCCCAAAAUCAUGCUAAACUCGCAAAACUGAAAGCUAAAUUGAGAGAAGCCGAGGAUGGGCUUGUCAAGGUUUUAGCAGCGAAGACCCGUAAAGAGGCAAAGCAGAUGGCAACCAGGGACUCAAUAUCUGCUAUAAAAGCUAGAGUAGAAGAACUUAAAAGAACUGUCCAAGUUCAAAGGGCUAGGAGGGAUGAGUAUGGAGCAAUUAUAUCUCAACAAUCUCUAGCUUUGUCAAAAACUGAAGAGGAGGCUAAGCAUGAAACUGAAGAAAAUGGAGAAAUUCAAGAAGCUAUUUCAUGGUACAACUGGGUUCUUGGUUUUCAGAUUGAAGGUGGUCAUGGGGUGAAAUUCACAUUCAAUAAUAUAAACAUAAAAAAUCCAAAGCAAGAAUAUUCUUUUACCAUUCGUCUUGCAAAUGAUGCCUACUCCUUGUUGGAAUGCGAUCCACAAUUGAAUGGCAUCCAAGAGUUGAUUAAUGAGUUGAACAGAACGAAUGGCUUAUUCAAAUUUGUUAGAAUCAUGAGAGAAAAGUUUCAAGAAGCAGCAGCACUUGGAUUGCAGCCUCAAUUCACAAGUUUUUAUCAGGACUAUUCCACAAUCUCUAUGUCUGGUCCAGCUUUGUCAGUUUCAACUGACAGAAGUGAAUCUUCUGCCAAGAAAAAUGAGCAUCAUAUCCCACUUGGAGAAUUAAAUAGGCAAUUCAAGAAAGUCAACCACGGAAGUAAUUCUCCAGGCAACAUAAAUGAAAAUCAAGUUCACGAUGGAGAAAUCAAUAUACAUCCCAACAAAGUAGCCAAAUCAGAUAUUUUAUCGCCAUUUGUGCGUCGGUCCCCUCGGCUUAAGGCUAAAAAUUGAAGUAAAAGUGGAGGCUGCUUUGUCGCAUCAAAUUUCCCAUUUUGCACUGAUUUUAACGAAUGGGAUUAUUUUACUUAUUACUAGCUUGUACUGCAGUUAACAUGCAAGGCGUGGAAACUAAUUCGCAUAUGUUUCAUAGAACUUAGAUGGAACAGAUUGAAGUGCUUCUUCAAGCCAAGUUAUGCCACUAACCUGAUAUCACCUGCUUCCUAGGCUUGUAUUAUUAUACUUCAUUAUAGAAAUGAAGCUACUGCAGAUGACAAGUUGAGCUGAUGGUCUUAAAAAGCUUCAGUGUUGUUAAGUGUUAGUAUUUUCAUUGUCUUUUGGAUGAAUGUAUUACCGUUUUAUCAAUCUAAUCUUCUGCUUGACUCACAAUAUCUUUUGGUUAGACUUUAGCACUCUAAUUUUCUAGUAUAGGAAAUUAGAAAGUGUGUAUGGGGGUCCGAACACCUGUGCUGUGGUUAUUAUUCGUUUUAUAUUUGUUACAUUUGCUUUCUUCGUGCAUUUUAUGAAUUUUAGGUUCCUGUGCUUCAAGUUCAUAUGAUGCCUUUGGGUGGUGCAAUAUUUGAGCUUUUUUUUACUUCCUACCAUUUGUUAAAAGUUACAUUCUGUUUUAUGCUAUUAGUUUCUG